CUUCACUCGACUUGGUCUCCAGUGGUUGGGACUGGAAGCUCUAGGGUGGGGUGGAAGGGGCUCGGCCCCGCGGAGCCGGGAGACCAGGCUCCGGUUCAGAAGCACUCUCGGCGCCUGCCACGGCUUCCAAACUGCGCCGCUUCCUUCUGCGGCAGAAAAGGACUUUCAGAUGUUGUAGCGGCGGCGGCGGCGGCAGCGACUCAGGACAGCGCCCCCUCCCCCUAACGGCCGCCUCUCCCUCUUCCCCCCGGCGCCCCCGCUCCCCCACCUCUGGGAAGGCGCUGGGGGUGUGGCCAGGGGCCGGUAUAAAGUCCCGGGGAGCCGGUCCCGGGCAGCCGCUCAGCCCCCUGCCCCCCCACCCCCGCCCCGCCGCCCCGCCGCCCGCCGCCUGGGCCGGGCCGAGGAUGCGGCGCAGCGCCUCGGCGGCCAGGCUCGCUCCCCUCCAGCCCGCUUGCUAACUUCCCGGGCUCCGUCCCUAUCCGUCCGCGGGGCCGCCCCGUCUCCCCGAGCCCUCCGGGUCGGUCCUCCAGGCGCGCCGGGCGCUGUCGCCGCGUGUCCCUGCGGCCAGUCUGCGCGCGCGUUCUUCCCUCCCACGCCCCGCGCCCGCGCCCCGUCCUAGCCCGGUCAUGCUGCCCCUCUGCCUCGUGGCCGCGCUGCUGCUGGCCGCCGGGCCCGGGCCAAGCCUGGGCGACGAAGCCAUCCACUGCCCGCCCUGCUCCGAGGAGAAGCUGGCGCGCUGCCGCCCCCCCGUGGGCUGCGAGGAGCUGGUGCGGGAGCCGGGCUGCGGCUGUUGCGCCACUUGCGCCCUGGGCAAGGGGAUGCCCUGCGGGGUGUAUACCCCCCGCUGCGGCUCGGGCCUGCGCUGCUACCCGCCCCGGGGGGUGGAGAAGCCCCUGCACACGCUGAUGCACGGGCAAGGCGUGUGCAUGGAGCUGGCGGAGAUCGAGGCCAUCCAGGAAAGCCUCCAGCCCUCUGACAAGGAUGAGGGCGACCACCCGAACAACAGCUUCAGUCCUUGCAGCGCGCAUGACCGCAGGUGCCUGCAGAAGCACUUAGCCAAAAUUCGAGACCGCAGCACCAGCGGGGGCAAGAUGAAAGUCAUCGGGGUGCCCCGGGAGGAAGCGCGGCCCGUGCCCCAAGGCUCCUGCCAGAGCGAGCUGCACCGGGCCCUGGAGCGGCUGGCCGCCUCACAGAGCCGCACCCAUGAGGACCUCUACAUCAUCCCCAUCCCCAACUGCGACCGAAAUGGCAACUUCCACCCCAAGCAGUGUCACCCGGCCUUAGAUGGGCAGCGCGGCAAGUGCUGGUGUGUGGACCGGAAGACAGGAGUGAAGCUUCCAGGGGGUCUGGAGCCGAAAGGGGAGCUGGACUGCCACCAGUUGGCUGACAGCUUCCGCGAGUGAACCCUGCCAGGAGGCAGGGGGCUCAGCACCCCCUGCCACCCCAUCCCCUAGAGGCUGCAGAGCUGACCUGGAGCCAGGGUCUGAGUCCUGGCUCUGUCUCUGGCCCAGAAAAUUCCCUUUCUGUGUGUAUGUGUGUGUGUAUGGGUGUGCCCUUGGGGUGAGCCAAAGCCUAGGGGUGUCCUCUCUGGGCUUAGAUAGCCUGAGAGGUCUGAGAAUGGCAAUGGGGAGCCCUGGUGUGUUUCCAAAUUGAUCCUGGACUCAUUCAUUCAUUCAUUCAUUCAGCCACUCAUCUAAAAACAUUUAUUGAUGACAUACUACAUGCCAGCUCUAGUUUUUAGCCCUGGGGGCUCUUUUUCUGACUUUCUCUGAUUUGGGCAUGUGGGGCUACUUCCCCUAAGCUGAGCACAAGCUUGUGGGGGAAGAGGAGUCUCAUUUCUGGAAUCAGAGGAGGGAGGUAGACAUGUACCUUGGCCAUUGUACCUUGUACCAUUGUCCCUCCCCUCAGUCUAGUCAGAGGGUGGAGGUUGUAGGGAAGGUGAGCGUUGGCAGAUGAUUCAAUGGUCAGGAGUCUCAGACCCACUCCCAAAGCUCAAGCCUGCUAGGCUGCCCUUCCUCUUUUCCUUGGUUCCCUCCAGCAAGAAGGACCUAGAGAUAAACCCAACUUUGGGUCUGGUGUGCCAUCUACUUGGUUGCCUGGCAGCUCAGACCCUGCUUUGGAGGAGAGAAGAGGGUCAGGAGAAGACAUGCGGGACAGAGGGCUGGGGAGGUGGGGCCCAUCUCUGAACAGUCAGGGUGGGAGGAAAGAAUGUACAAUCGAACUGCAUGUGCCUGAUGGAGAAGAGACACAUAUGCUGAGGGGAGAAGGACUUCCCCGGGGGUCCUGCUUCGUCCCUGGUUUUCGUCACAGCCACAGAGUCACCAGGAUGACUCUAUCCUUCUAGUGGCUCACCGCCUGUGGCUUUGCCUCCUUCCCUAUACCUCCCUACCCUCUAGGCAUUUCUGGCUUGACUGGAUGCAAGGAGACUAAGGGACCUAUCAGUUGACCAUGAUGUCUUGUCUUUUUUUUUUUUUUUAACAAA